AUGUCGACAUCUCCUCCAUUGACUUAUAUCCUAACGUCCUUAGUCGCCUUUUUACUCCUUCCUCGAAGUUCAAUAUGUCCUAACCCAGACGAAAUCAUUUCAUCAGCGCUAGCGUUGACUAACCCUAAGCUAGUCAGACCUAUCCUCGAAUUCCCAGCUAAUGAGCCAAAAGUUCACUACCUUCCUAUGACCGCGCAACAAUAUGAAAACUGGGUUUUCGAGAACUCUCAAACACUAAGCUACAUAGCUCUCCAAAUAGAAUGGCUAGAACAACUCCGCAAUAGCUGUCCGCUGGGUCCAUCACCAUCAAUAUCCGGUCAUCCCGGCGCCCGUCCAGUCUCGCCUAGAAGUUUAGCCUUCUUGAUCCGCACACUAAAGGCUACUAUCACCUCAUUUCAAGAGGAUAUAGUUAUUAUGUCGCGGCCCGUAGGCGAUCUAUACGAUGUUGGAAAACUUAUUCGCGAAACGUUGGGGUGGUCGAAGAACGAGGCACCAACGCAAGCCUGGAGAGUGGUGGAUACUAUCAAAGGGGGGAUAAGUCAGAUGCGAGCUUUUUGGGAACAGUACAGUUUUCUAGAGAAAGAAUCUCGAGAGGAUUGGGAUGGUCUUCCGAAAGAUGAUUUGAGUGAGAGGGUUAUAUUCGUGGCGACAAGGAUCGCACAACCAGUGCCAGCAGAUAUGGAAGAAGGUGAUGGAAACGAUGAAAUUCGGCUUUUGAACGUUGAUGCGGACUCAAUCGCAAAGAAGAUUGAGACGUUUCAGACGCAGUUGAAAUGGAUGAGACACGCUGUAAAGAAGGGAGAAGAGUGGGCUCAAGUGGCUGAGGAUAGGCAACUUGAUAAUCCGGUUUACACGCAAAUGCUGGAUCGGAAGAAAUAUGAUCCGGAUCAUAAACCCGGGAUAAGAAAUCUUGAUUUUAAUCUAAUUAAUAUCUUCAAGAAGGCUGUGAGAUGGUAUGAAUGCUGGAUGCAGCCGAUACAAUAUAUGAUUAUGUUGAUGGAAGAAUUGACACCACUUUACAGCGUAUACGAGGGGUCAAAUGCUGUAGAAGGUUCACCAUAUCAAUUAAAUAUCAUCGAUGAUUCUAGCCCUGAAAUAAAGGAGAUUCUCUCAGGUAAGGAUGUUAAAGUACAGGAAGAUGAGGAACAAUGGUCAAGUCGACCGAUGCAACAAAGCUUUCUCGAGGAUACUAUUUUGAAAGAAGAAGGAGCUGCAGUAGGAGAGAGCUACUUAGACAACGAGGUUAAAGUAGAGAGUGGUCAAGAUCAGUGGUCUACCCGACCGAUCAACCAAGACUAUCUUGAGGAUAUCAUUUUCAAGGAGGAAGAAGGGGCAGAAGUGGGUCAACUGGUGAAGGAAGAUGAAUUGAAAAAUCCAAAUGUGAUGAGUUUGGAGGAUAUUGAAGAUCAAUCUACAACAAUUUAUGUAUCAGGAGGAGGAUGA